AAGUAGCCAUCGCAUAAAUUAAACUAAUUUCAUUCAACUUUUCGUAGAAAUCUACCACAGGAAGGUUUAUUUUAGAUAUUUCAGAUGGAGAGGAUCUUUCUGUAGGUUGGAAAUAUUGCUGUAGUAAACACAGCUGUUUCUUGGUUGGCUUGGCUUCAAAUUUGUGAAUCGUCUGACAAUUGCGACGAAAGACUUUUCUUUGAAAGCGUUCAUACCUCUCCUUUGCCCAAAAUGGUGAAAAGACGGAAAGGAAAUACUGGUCAAACUGUUCGUGCGACAGGUGAAGCUAAGGAUGACCGCCCCCCGCGCCCUGCUGUCGAUGACGUAGCAGUAGCUAGGGGUCGCCUUCGAGGAGCUUUGCUUUUGCUUCUGGACCCUUCAGAAACAAGCGCAAAUGAUGAGCUUCACAAGCAUGGCUUCAAACGAAAACAAGACGACUUUCUAUGUAACUUGAAGCAAGAACAAAUUUUGGCCAGGCAAGAAGAAAAGAAAGCGGCAAUUGCCGCUCGAAGAAAGCAAAGGAGAGCAGAAAUGAGUCAAGUGGCAUAUCACAAUACUUUUGUGAUGAAGCUAUUUGAUCGAAGUGUGGAUUUGGCUCAAUUUAAAGAGGACACACCACUCUAUCCAAUUUGCAGGGCAUGGAUGGCUAAUCAGCCACGAGGUGUACCAUUCAAAAUCAAAAGAUCUCCAUCUCCUGAAACUAAGCCCAAGCCAGAGCCACUAGAUGAAGAUGAGCAAGUGGCAAAUGGGUCCGGAUCCAGAAUGGAUGUCGACUCUACUGAGGACUCAGAAGCUGAUUUAGUGAGAGACACGUACAGUUUACCACCUCCUGCUGCUCUUACAUUCAUGAGGCACCCAAUAUGUAAACCUGACGAAGUAUCCGGCCUGGAUCUCAUUUUAAAUCAAGAUUCUGAGGGUCCCAGCAAAGAGGAACUUCUGAAAGAGCAUGUUUCUAAGUGGACAGAUGUUCGUAAUGAGUGGAUCAAAGUUGCUAAUGAAAAUGAAGACAGAUAUAAACAGAGUAAAAAAAUACUUAAGGCAAUUUAUGAAAAGGCACAAAAGGCAUUUGAGUGAUGCACCUGCCAUCAAUGCACCAACCACAAUUCCCUACAAAAAUAGAUACUGCUUAUUGUUUCUUUUUGUGUGUUUGUACAAGAAUAAUCUUUGGAGGAUACUGUUUUACUAAUCUAGACGCGUAGACAAAAAUAUUUAUUUGACAAACAGGAAUGUUGGUAUGCACUUGUACAUAUUCAGUCAGUUAAAUUUAAAAUAGGACAACAUGAAAAAUUAUAUCUUAAAUAAAUCUUAUAAUAUAAAAUCCUA